GUUCUCACCAACGGAGCGCACAAUGGACAAUGUGCACGACAAAGGCGACUGGGAACAUAUAUAAGAUGAGGCUGGCCCCUAGUAGUACUUUAGAAACAUCAGUAAUAAAACCUUUUAUAAAAUCACCCCUAACUUUUACCACUAGACAACUAGUGCUCCUCACACCCCCCUCUUACUAUAACAAAUGUUUCCCAACUAUCACUAAUGAGUGUCGCCUAAACCCGCGCUACAGCCGAGAAAGCGAGCAAAGAGGGGACCAACUCCCUGACAUUGUCAACCUCAAUUUCCCGCUCCAACAGCCGCCGCUAUCACGACUACCAGCAUUCCCCGAAGACACCGCACCCAGCGCGCCCCCGGCACAAGCUGACAAUGCCCUGCCCCAAUUUCCCGGCGCACUCACUCCUCUCCCGCAAACAGCGCCUGCACUCACCAAUUGGCUCGCAUUGUCACUCUCUGUAAUGAAGCAUUGUGCUGGUUAUAAUAAAUAUUAAUCUGAAUGAGACUACGAGAAGAGCUCAAGAG